CCCCAGAAAUGCUGAUUUUUGGUCAAAAAAUCGGUUUUGAGAUACGCAUGGAAAGGUAGCCUGAAGGGUCGACUUUCAGAAUCUAUAUCGCUUUUGCUUACAAAAGUGGUUUUUCGCUGAUUAUGAACAAGUUUUCUAGGAGCCUCGAAAAAACGGAUCUUCAAAUAAUAGUUUUUUCCUGGAUACUUAUACAAUUAAAAUUUUUCGGAACACACAGAUGCGUAGAGCAAACGUUUCUGAUCAAAAUAAAUCCUCGUACAACCUGUAUGACCUUGCAUCACGAAGUUACAGGCAUUUUUCUAGAAGUCUUAAAACUGAGCGUUUUAUUCGGCGUUUAAUACACCGUUCUGUCUACAUGGAAGUUAUACCUGAAGUACGUGAACACAUUUUUGCAAUUAUUGUUAGCGUUGUUACUAAAACACCGCUAUGUAUUAUUGGCAGUCCUGGUCGAUCAAAAACAUUGUCCUUUCAAAUUGUUGUUCAAAACUUGCAAGGUCUGCAACUAUCACCAAGAAAAUUUUGUCGUCGAUUACCCGCUGUGGAUCCGUUUUUCUGCAUGGGAUCUAAAUACAGCAGUGCCGAAGAUAUUUCAACAAUAUUUGAACGAGCCAUCCGACGUGAAGAACAAUAUCAACAAAAUCAUAUGUCAACGCGAUGUGUAGUAUUCUUGGAUGAAGCAUUGUUGCCAUCACAGAAGAAAAUGGUGUUGAAAAUCUUACAUCCAUAUUUGGACGAAUGUCGCGUUUCGUUUGUUGCCAUUGCAAAUAAACCGUUCGACGCGGCCAAUGCAAAUCGUAUGAUGUGUGUUUUUCGUUCGUUACCAUCGGAAGAUGACCAAAAAAUACUUGCCUAUGGCUGUCUGGGUCUGAAUUACGAAGAUGUAGAGAUCGAGACGAAUUUAAAGAAUAUAAUAUCAGGUCUGUGUAAUGGGUAUCAGAAACUGUUACAAUCUUCGGAUAUUCCUCGUGUAUUUCACGAUCGAGAUUUCAUUUAUAUGUUACGAGAAUUACGCUUGGGAUUGAAUCCAAUAACGCAAACAUACGACCAAGAUCAACAAUGUGUCAACAGCAUAACACCGCUAGGUCUUUUACGCUCGUUGGAAAACAAUUUUAACGGUAUUCCAAGAGCACAAUUUCAAAUAUUAGUGGAAAUAUUUUUCAAAUGUAUACAAGAGGAAUGUCGCCGUCAGUAUGAUUUUAAAUUUCCAUCGAAACAAGAUUAUCGUGAUAUAAUAUCGAUUCUGCAUGAUUCAAUGGAACUUGAUUCAAAUCGUCGACGUUUAUACGGUCGUUAUAAACUGAUUAUCGAUGAAAGUGAAGAUGAAUCGGCAGCACAUCUACUGUAUCAAGUCGGUAUUUUAAAUGCCACAACAACCAGUGAAUUUCGUUUGUCUGAUUUUACUGAUGAUAUCAAUAAUGAAUUGCGAAAUGUUAAAACAUUAUCCGAUAUUAAAAUGUGUAUGGAAACGGGUAAAACGAUUCUUAUGAUCAAUACGGGUCGCUUACAUGGCUCGUUGUACGAUGUUUUUAAUCAAAAUUUUUCAAUAAUGGCAACUGCUAAUGAAAGAAAAAUAUUUUCAAAAGUAGCCAUAGGUCCCAAAACCUUGGAUUGCAUUGUGCAUGAACAAUUUCAAUGUAUUGUACAUGUAAAACGUAGCGAAUUCUCCCAAAUACCAGCACCAUUUCUCAGUCGAUUUCAAAAGUAUUCAUUGAGUAUCGAAGACUUUUAUCGCAUACAACUGGAACAGCUGCCAGUAAAUGAACAACAAAUUAUGAUGAACGUUGAAGAUAAAGUCAAAACAUUUAUUGAACAUUACGGCAGACAAUAUUUCUACGGCUUAACAGAUAAUACACUGUAUUCUUGUUUAUUGUUAAUGAUCAAAAUUAAACAAAAAACAGCAACACAAUAUGAAUCAAUGCUGAAAAUCAACACUGACCGUGUGAAAACAGAAGAACAAUAUAACGUUAAUUCAGAAGCUGAUAAUGAAUAUCAAACGUCACAAGAAGAAGGUACACAAGGAAUUUACGCAAAAGCUGAUUCGAUCGUUUAUCUCGAUCUGCAGCACUACACACAACUGAUGAUUCGAUCAAAAUCGAUCAUCGAACAAAAUCCAGGUGAUACCCAUCAAUGUCUAUUACGAUCGAUUUUAUGCAGACUCAUUCAGUUAGUAUCACCUGAGAGUUUGGCCUUGAAAUUACCGACAUUUGUCGAUUCAGUAUCGAAAUACUUAUGUACUAAUUAUUUUCACAAUCAAGAACAUUUCACAUUGGAAAAUUUCAUUCAACAUUUGACAUCGUCCACGGAAAAUGAUGCAUCCGAUUCUACAGCUCGUUCAACAACAAUAACAACAAAAGUAACGAUAUUUACACGUACAUCGUCUUAUGUUCUCAGUCUGAAUAAAUUUUCAAAACAACAGUUAUUUAGUAAUUAUAUUAGUGACAAUGUUGACAUACUAAAUUUGACUAUAAUUGAGAAUGCAGCAGAUUUAGAAGAAAAAUUUGAACUGUUCGAACAAGAUCAACAGAAAAAUGUUUUCGUUAUUGUAAUUGAUACCCAAGUCGGACAACAGCAUCAACAUAUUCCAUUUAUUCGUCAACUAAUCGAUAAAACCGAAAACAAUCACAACUCAUGCGCAUAUCGACAACGUGAGUUUAUUCGAAAAUAUUUUAUCAUGUUAUUACAUUCACCCGCCACUGAAUUGUACCACCAAGCAUGUUUUCCAUCGAUAUUUUUGAACAAUUGGGACUUCUAUUUUUUCGAUACAUGUUCACCAGGUUCGGCAUUUCAUUUACAAAAAAUGCUUCAAAUAUUGUGUUCUUCACAGCAACAACAAAUUGAUUAUGACAGUGAAUCACUGUGUGAUUUGAACGCGUUAUUCGACAGCGCGCUAUGGGAUUUUUCUGGUCGUUUGCAAAUAUUCAUACAAGAAGUACCAACACUAGUUAAUAGUCAAGAUUUUUAUAAACUUCAUACAAACAUAUCGAAACGUGUUCAAUGUUUAAAAAAUGUUUUGAGAAAAUGCACAAAAUUGCAACAACGGAUUGUCAACACGUAUCAUGAAUCAUUAUCAACACAAAACAUGUAUAAUAUGAUAUAUCAAACGUCAAAAGAAAUUUUAUCCGGACGAAAAUUCGAUGGUCUUGUCGACUCUAUUCAACAUCAGAUAGAAAUAUCAUUCACUACUUUUACAUCGAAUAUACUAAUACAUCUAGUCAAUGAUUAUGGACUGGAAACACUGUCGAGAGCGUUUUCAGCGUCGAAUAAGAAAAGUUAUGAAGUAAUGUUGAAUCUGAUUGAUUAUUCAUUGUUCAUUAAUAAUGAUAGUGCUAACAAUAAAAACCAACUGUUUCAAAUUUCUAUACAUUAUCCAUGUGUCCCUACUACACCCCUUUACCAUUUGUUCCAUCAACGAAUUAAAGCACAUGCUGACGAUUUAAAAGCUAAAAUAAUUGGUAAACAAAAUGAAGAAAUUGAUCAUAACCUUCGCGCAAAAAAAAUGGAAAACACUACUGACUACUUGAUUGAUAUUCGAUCGGAAUUGUGUCGUACAAUAUGGAAUAAUGAUAAAGUACUAAGAGAAAUAAUAAUUGAGCUGGAUCAAGAUAUAAUCAAUACAUAUUCGGAAGAUUUGAUUCGAACAUAUUGUACAAUAAUUGAAAAAUCAUAUGAGAACACUAGUGCAUCCAACAAUGCUGAACCAGAUAAGACGAUUAACUUUAUUUCAAAAUGGUUACAAUUAAUUGAUGAUGAAGAUAUGAAUGACUAUAAUGAGUCUGUACAUAAACAAAUUUGGCUAGUGAGUCAUGUUUACACGUCGUUUGAAUAUGAUAGAAACGAUCUAUUAUCACUAUAUACAGCAUCACGAAUUUUAGAUAAUUUUGAUCAUAAUCGUCAGGACAAAGAGAUAGAAGAAGGUUUGUCACGUGUCGAAUUUCGCGAAAGUGUUUUUCGUCGAAUGUUUGAUCUUUUAUGGUCAAAACUGAUCAAACUUUGUUCCGAAAAUGAUCAACAUCAAAUAGAAUUGUGGACACAAACAUAUGCGUUCAUUAAUAAAUACUUUCCAUCUAAUAAAGUACUACAUCGUGCUCAACUGACAAAAAUAAAAACAAAAAUUGAAUUUAUGCAUCUAUCCUAUCUAAUACUAUUGAAUGAACAAUUAUUAAGACCAUUUGAAUUAAUUUCGGCUUUGUUAGACGAAAAUAAUUUGCUUGAUACUAAUACUGAUGUUAAUACUGGAUGUUUGAAAAUUCUGCAGAAAAUAAUUGAAUUAAUUCAAAUGUAUUUACAAAAAGAACGUAUUGACGAAUCACAUACAACGUUGAUGAUCGAUAUUAUUCAGUGGGUGCUUACACUUGUACCAUCAGUUAAAGAAAUCGAAUAUCUUUUAACGUAUUUACAUGAAAUUUGUCAACUCCGAUUACCAAUCAAACAAUUUUUGUUUGAUCAGUUAGCUACUCUGCUGGUUGAUUUCAGACAAAAGCCUAUUAAUAAGCAACAAAAAUUUGAUAUAGUGGAUAAAAUAAGACUACUACUACCCACUGUCGUGCAGUGCAUCAAUGAACAAGCGACGUUAGAUGGAUAUGUUUUACCCUAUCAUCCGUUUGUUAUUAUUGACGCAGAACGACAAGGCCAUACGUUAAUUGAUUUACUCUUUUUCAUCUCAGAAAUCAUUUGA